AUGUACAGAUUGGCAAGUGAAACUAAUGGACUCUGUAUUUUCACGGAUGAUAAUAAGAUUCAACUGACACCCACUUGGCUUCCACCCAUUUGGUCUUCAUAUUUGGUGUAUUCAUUCAAUGCGAAAGUUAAAAAUUCUGGAUAUUCCACUCUUCCAGUUUUCAAUUCUCCGCUGGUUGGAUAUUACCUCAUUAUCAUGACUCUACAGGAUCAUGGACCGCUAGACACGUUUUGGAUGGUCAACUUAAGAUGGUAUAAUGCAGGAUCAUCAAAGUCGGGAUUUUUUGAAGAGACUGUUGAGUCACAUACCGAUUUUGGAAACAGCACAUAUACCACAACAGGGCAUAGCUUGGAUGCAGUCCUUUAUGAUAUGACACUUCAGUAUCAGUUUUUAGGUACCAUCAACAAUGAUUCUGUUUCUGGUUCAUCAGCUCCCAGAAUAAUAGAAGAACCAAUAUAUGACGAAAUCUAUGACACUACCCCACCAUCAGAGUUUGAACAAGUGGACAAUCAACGUCACUUUGGAAUUCUCCGCUACAUAGUGUCCAAUCGAUUCCGUACACUAAUGCUGAUAGCAUUAGUUAGCUUAGUGGUUGUUCUUUUCAUAUUUGUCUUUUUUUUGGUUGCUCAUUUGGACAAUAAACAUGCAUUAACAACAAGAACUGAAACAACACCUCACUCACAAUCUUUUCCCACUACAACAAAUCCUUUCGACCGUACUGAUUGCUCACCAAAUCAGAAAUCUACGUUUUUCUUUGCGUACUCCAAUGAUCUUACAGCAGAUCAAGUUUUAAACACAUGGAACACAAUUCCAGACGACGUUAAACGGGCUUAUGAAACCUUUGUGUUAGGGCGAUUUGACUUGAAUGAAGACGCCUAUAUCGAUGACUUAGUAUCCAUCCUCAAAAAAUAUCAUGCUUAUGUCACAUUCGUUGUAUCUAAUAACUCAUUUGGUGAGUCGUCACCAGAACCAUUGUACAGAUUAGCAAGUGAAACUAACGGAGUUUGUAUUUUCACGGAAGAUGAUAAUAUUCAAGAGGGAAACAGUACAUAUACCACAGGAUGGCACAACUUGGAUGCAGUCCCUUAUGACAUGUCACUUCAGUAUCAGUUAUUAGGUACCAUUAACAACGAUUCUGCUUCUGUUUCAUCAGCUCCUGGAAUAAUAGAAGAACCAACAUAUGUCGAAAUAAAUGACAUUAACCCACCAUCAGAGUUUGGACCAGUGGAAAAGCAACGUCACUUUGGACUCCUCCGCUACAUAGUGACCAAUCGAUUCCGUAAACUAAUGCUGAUAGCAUUAGUUAACUUAGUUGUUGUUUUCACUGCGCUUUUUCUAUUUAUCUUUUUUCUAAUUGUUCCUUUGGAAAAAACACAUGAAGACAUGCAUAUUAGUUCCACGGUGCAUAUUAAUUUGGACACCACGAUUACUUCUACACCAACUACUUCUACACCAACUACUUUAACUACAAGAACUGCUACAACAGCUUACUCUCAUACUUCUGCCACUACGACGAGACAUUUCGAUCCUAUUGAUUGCACACCAAAUCAAAAGUCUACAUUUUUCUAUGCGUAUUCCAAUGAUCUCACAGCAGAUCAAGUCUUGAACACCUGGAAAUCCAUUUCAGUGAACUCAAAUUUCUUUUUUGAAACCUAUGCUUUAGGACGAUUUGACGUGAUGAACAACUUGAAUGAAGUUAUUUUGACAUUCGUUUCGAACAACAGUUUCAGGUUAUUUUUCUUCAAAAAAGGCGUGACUCAUUGUGGCGCAACUCUUUUUAUUAUCACGAAACGCCUUCCUACAGACGCCUAUAUCGAUGACUUAGUAUCCAUUCUCAAAAAAUAUCAUGCUCAUGUCACAUUCGUUGUAUCUGAGAACUCAUUAGGUGGGUUGUCACCAAAACCAAUGUACAGAUUGGCAAGUGAGACUAAUGGACUCUGUAUUUUUACGGAUGAUGAUUGGAUUCAAAAGGUAUGGAUUAUUUCUCCAGUUCCGAAAUACAAGUUUUUGCAUAAGACACCCACUUGGCUUCCAUCCGUUUGGCCUUCAUAUUUGGCGUACUCAUUCAAUACAGAAGUGGCAUAUUUAGGAUUUACCACUCUUCCAGUAUUCAAUUCUCCGCUGGUUGGAUAUUAUUACUUUUGCAUGACUCUACAAGACCAUGGAAUCUUGAACUGGUUCCGUAUUGUGUUUGAGUUUUACAACAAUGACUCAUCAAUUUCAGGAUCUUCCACAGAAACUAUAGAAAACCAUGCUGCUAGAUAUGUAAAGUAA